CCCAACCCCACACAAGAUGUCAGAGGAUCUAGCAAAGCAACUGGCAAGCUACAAAGCUCAACUCCAGCAAGUUGAAGCUGCACUGUCUGGAAAUGGAGAAAAUGAAGAUUUGCUAAAAUUAAAGAAAGAUUUACAAUGGCUCUCUGCAUCCCCGAAACACCUUCCUUCAGGAAGCAGAGUGCUUGAGUGCACCCCCUUUGACCUGCUGAUAGUAGAUCACAACAUCUGAUGCUUCCUGGAAUUGCCGGUUACUGUAACUGCUGCCCAUCUGUCAGUGAAGGAGCAGUUUCAGAACUCAGACUUGGGGGAGGAAAAGUAAUUAAUGGAAGUUAUAGAACUAACCAAAGACCUUCUGUCAACUCAGCCUUCUGAAACUCUGGCAAGUUCAGACAGUUUUGCUUGUACUCAGCCCACUCAUUCAUGGAAAGUAGGAGACAAGUGUAUGGCAAUCUGGAGUGAAGAUGGACAGUGUUAUGAAGCGGAGAUUGAGGAGAUAGAUGAAGAAAACGGCACUGCUGCAAUCACUUUUGCUGGCUAUGGCAAUGCUGAAGUGACUCCACUGUUGAACCUGAAGCCUGUAGAAGAAGGAAGGAAGGCAAAGGAGGACAGUGGCAACAAACCCAUGUCAAAAAAAGAAAUGAUUGCCCAGCAGCGGGAAUAUAAAAAGAAGAAAGCUUUGAAAAAAGCACAGAGAAUAAAAGAACUUGAGCAAGAAAGAGAGGACCAGAAGGUGAAAUGGCAACAGUUUAACAACAGAGCCUAUUCUAAAAACAAAAAAGGCCAGGUAAAGAGGAGUAUUUUUGCUUCACCUGAGAGUGUAACUGGCAAAGUUGGAGUAGGAACUUGUGGAAUUGCUGAUAAACCUAUGACACAGUAUCAAGAUACCUCCAAAUACAAUGUUAGGCAUUUGAUGCCUCAAUAAUCAGAAAAACUGUUGGAUAUCAUCUCUGCAGGGCUUUACAUUUACCUUUUUAUCCUUAUAUUUUUCUAAAGGUAAAUUAUUUGUUAGAUGAGUAAGGAAGAUACCAUUGUCAUCAUUGUUUGACUUCAAUAGAAUGAAACUUGAAGAAAUUGCAUUUGAUAACUGCUAUUCAUUUAAACUUUUUCAUUACUA